AUGCAAUUCACCACCAUCCUCUUCUGGGCUGCCCAAGCUGUAGGCGUCUUCGCAGCUCCCCACGCCGGCAAUGAGGGCGAAGCCCCAGACUUCGCCAACUCCUCAAUCCCACCCCCAAACACACCAUGGAUGAGCUUCACCGACAAAGCCAGCCCACUCUCCCCCCGUGGCUGCGUUUCAACCGCUCCAUACGGCUGCGAUCUUGGCAAAAAGCGAUGCUGGAAGGUCUGUGGUGAUGGCGGCCAGUGGUGCUGGACCGCUCGCGGUGACGGAUCUGGAGACUGGUACGGAUGCACCGACUGGGGCUCGUGCAACCAGCAGCAGUCUUGCGGCAUUAACUGCCACAACCCCAAGGAGUGCGGCUGCAACUGCGGUUAA